AUGGAUCCAACAAGUGGCGAUCAGGCCCGGGACUCAAAGAAGGCGGAUAUGGACCCUACGCAGUUUCUCAUGACACAAGUCAUGGAAUUAUGGAAGCAAAACCGAGAAAUCAUGGAGGAGUUGAGGAAGAAACCCGGAUCCAACGAGGACUACGUAAUGAACGCACUUGCGGCCCGUCUACCGGAGUUCAUCCACGACCCUGAAAAUGGAUGACAACACGUCUAUGUAAAGGACUACCGAACUACCAAUAAGGCUACUUGGAUUCCUGGAGUAAUUUGCGAACGGCUCGGCGACGUCAUCUACUCCGUGAAGGUUGACUGUGGAACCUGGACCCGGCACGCUAAUCAGAUCAGACCACGGGCAACAACAGAACCCAGGAGCGAGGACUCUGAAUCAAACCCUUCGUCACCAUCAUCAUCACCGCAAGCACAGCCCGACGGAUCAACAGCUCCAGCGCUCCCUGAACCACCUAUUCACUCUACUCGAACCCGACGUCCUCCUCGUCGUCUCAGUAUGGACCCCCGCGCCUCAACCGCCUCAACCUAUCACUAUAUCUGA